UAAUUUCGCUAGUCGUGAGGUCAUCACAGCGCGCCGUUACAGUGCUUCCCAGAACCCCCUACCUAAUUUUUUUGGCGAAGGGAAUGAAAUGAAAGAACUGACUUUUCCCACCCCAAUUUGCUUUUAGUCCUCCAUUCUCGCUGCGCCCACCGUCUGAGCAAUGGAGCGGGAGAGGGAAAGUAAAGCAGCCGGAGCUGGAAGCAGGGCCGGCCGGGCAUGACUCGGCGACGCCGCCAGCUGAGUUACCCGGCGUGCCCCGCGCGGCGCCGGCCGAGGGACGUGGGGGGAGGGGCGGGGAGGAGGAAGAGCGGCGGCGGCUGCGGAUGUCGCUGCGACCGAGCGGCGUCUGAACACACGGCGGCUGCCGAGCGCCCGACCCGGGCCUGCGCCGGAGCCUACACCGAGCUCCGCGGCCCCUAGCCUGCCAGGGCGGCCCUGCACCCGUUGUCACUGAGGCGGCGUGCCCAGCAUUCUCCACUGCCCGGGCCGGCCGGCUCUGCCGUCUGCUGGCUCCCCCUCGCUCGCCCGCUCCCUCCUGCGCGCCUGAGUCACCGCCGCCGCCGCCAUGGCCGAGAGUGGUGAAAGCGGCGGCCCUCCGAGCUCCCAGGACAGCGCCGCCGCGGCCGAAGGUGCCGGCGCCCCCGCGGCCGCUGCCUCCGCGGAGCCCAAGAUCAUGAAAGUCACCGUGAAGACCCCGAAGGAGAAGGAGGAGUUCGCCGUGCCCGAGAAUAGCUCCGUCCAGCAGUUCAAGGAAGAAAUCUCUAAACGUUUCAAAUCACAUACUGAACAACUUGUGUUGAUAUUUGCUGGAAAAAUUUUAAAAGAUCAAGAUACUUUGAGUCAGCAUGGAAUUCACGAUGGUCUUACUGUUCACCUUGUCAUCAAAACGCAAAACAGGCCUCAGGAUCAUUCAGCUCAACAAACAAAUACCAGUGGAAGCAAUGUUACCACGUCAUCAGCUCCUACAACUAACUCCACAUCUGGUUCUGCCACUAGCAACCCUUUUGGUUUAGGUGGCCUUGGAGGGCUUGCAGGUCUGAGUAGCUUGGGUCUGAAUACUACUAACUUCUCUGAACUACAAAGCCAGAUGCAGCGGCAACUUAUGUCCAAUCCUGAAAUGAUGGUCCAGAUUAUGGAGAAUCCCUUUGUCCAGAGCAUGCUGUCAAAUCCUGACCUGAUGAGGCAGUUAAUUAUGGCCAAUCCGCAAAUGCAGCAGUUGAUACAGAGAAAUCCAGAAAUUAGUCAUAUGCUGAACAAUCCAGAUAUUAUGAGACAAACAUUGGAACUCGCCAGGAAUCCAGCAAUGAUGCAAGAAAUGAUGAGAAACCAGGACCGAGCCUUGAGCAACCUAGAAAGCAUCCCAGGGGGAUACAAUGCUUUACGGCGCAUGUACACGGAUAUUCAGGAACCAAUGCUGAGUGCUGCACAAGAGCAGUUUGGUGGUAAUCCAUUUGCUUCCCUAGUGAGCAAUACAUCCUCAGGUGAAGGUAGUCAGCCUUCUCGUACAGAAAAUAGAGAUCCAUUACCCAAUCCAUGGGCUCCACAGGCUUCCCAGAGUUCAUCUUCUUCCAGUGGCACCAACAGCGCUGUGGGGGGCACUGGUAGCAGUGCUGCCGGUGGCACUGCUGGGCAAAGUUCAUCUGCACCAAAUUUGGGGCCUGGAGUAGGAGCUAGUAUGUUCAAUACACCAGGAAUGCAGAGCUUGCUGCAACAAAUAACUGAAAACCCACAACUUAUGCAGAACAUGUUGUCUGCCCCCUACAUGAGAAGCAUGAUGCAGUCCCUAAGCCAGAACCCUGACCUUGCUGCACAGAUGAUGCUGAAUAAUCCCCUAUUUGCUGGAAAUCCUCAGCUUCAAGAACAAAUGAGACAACAGCUCCCAACUUUCCUCCAACAAAUGCAGAAUCCGGAUACAUUAUCAGCAAUGUCAAAUCCUAGAGCCAUGCAGGCCUUGUUACAGAUUCAACAGGGUUUACAGACAUUAGCAACGGAAGCCCCCGGCCUGAUCCCAGGGUUUACUCCUGGCCUGGGGGCAUUAGGAGGCACUGGAGGCUCUUCAGGAAGCAGCGGGUCUAACUCUGCACCUGGUGACAACCCAAGUCCCACGACAGGAGCCACUGAACCUGGACACCAGCAGUUCAUCCAACAAAUGCUGCAGGCUCUCGCUGGAGUAAAUCCUCAGCUACAGAAUCCAGAAGUCAGAUUUCAGCAACAACUGGAACAGCUCAGUGCAAUGGGAUUUUUGAACCGUGAAGCAAACUUGCAAGCGCUAAUAGCAACAGGAGGUGAUAUCAAUGCCGCUAUUGAAAGGUUACUGGGCUCCCAGCCAUCAUAGCAGCAUUUCUGUAUCUUGAGAAAAUGUAAUUUAUUUUUGAUAACGGCUCUUAAAUCUUUAAAAUACCCGCUUUAUUUCAUUUUGACUCUUGGAAUUCUGUGCUAUAAACAAACCCAAUAUGAUGCAUUUUAAGGUGGAGUGCAGUAAGAUGUGUGGGUUUCUCUGUAUUUUUUUUUUUUUUUUAACGGUGGGAAUCAAUGCUUUUUCAUUUAAGGCUACUGCAUGCAUCAAACACUCUGCAUUUAUUGUAAUUUUUAAAAAAAAACAUCACCUUUUAUAGUUGGGUGAACAGAUUUUUGUCCUGCAUCUGUCCAGUUUAUUUGCUUUUAAACAUUAGCCUAUGGUAGUAAUUUAUGUAGAAUAAAAGCAUUAAAAAGAAGCAAAUCAUUUGCGCUCUAUAAUUUGUGGUACAAUAUUGCUUAUUGUGACUUUGGCAUGUAGUUUUGCAAACAAAAUGCUGUAAGAUUUAUACUACUGAGAGUUUUUGCUUUAUUUGUAUACAAUAUAGUAUGCACAUUUGGGAUUGCAUUUCUAGAAACAUACUGCAAUAGAUUAUCUGAGCAAAGCACUUGUAACCAAAAAAGUGGAGAUAAGGAAAUACUUUAAAGCUGAGUAUUUCCUAAUUGUGUAGAAUCUUACAGCAUCUUUGAUAAACAUCUCUCAGCAAAAGUGCCGGUUAGGUUUGUUGGAAAUAUAGUAGAAAAGCUGAUUCUGGUUAUUUCUCUAAGGACAUUUAAUUGUACAGACAACAUAAUGUAACAUUGUGUCAACAUUCACAGAUUGACUGUAAAUUACCUUCAUCUUUGCGCAGACUGAAGGGGCACUGUAGUACAGCCCAAAAGUGCAUCUGCCUAGGACUCUUCAGCUUCUCCCAUAGGUAGUUUAACAGGCAUUACGAUUUGUAAUUGAAAUGUUGCUUUCACUGAAAGUGUCUUGAUGUUUCAGUUAUUUUUAAUUGCCAUAUAAAAAUAGAACUAUCUUUUGGGUUUAUCAGUUUUCUCAUGCACAGGCAAUACAUAAAUUUAAAAUGAUUUGUGAGCCACUUGUUUCUGAAGUGUUUUGGUAGUUCUAUUAAGAAAUAGUUAAAUAUUGUGCUUUUCAGAGCCUCAGAGAAGGGGAGCUGGGGGCGGGGGGUGGGGGUCUCUCCUGGAUUGGGCCAGCCUAAAUAGUACUGGCAACCAAGAUUCUGUUAGGAUUUCUGUGCAUAUAGUGUAGUAAAAAGGUAUCAUUCAGGGGUGAAAAACAAAGAGCCGUUUUAACAAUGUUGAAUUCAUUGGGCUGUUGUUCUACAGCCUUUUUCUUCCCUCCCCAAAGAAGUUCUGUUUGCCUAACUCUCAAACUGUUGGGGUGUGGUACAUUCCUUUAGGACCAAUUAAAACAUAACUUUGGGGUCAGUAAUAUAUUUGGCUGACUCUGGUUCAGUAUUCUCUUAGGUCGUUAUAUUCUCUCAUGUACAGUUACAGGAAAUUAAAAUGUUAAAGUAACCUAAAAUGAGUUCAGACCAAUAAAAUCAAGGGAAAUACAAGUUGAAUUCCAUUACUUCUGUAAGUUGCUUGCUAUUAAAAAAGGUCAAGAGGCCAGGUUGCCCACCAGCCCGUGCACAGUUCUGACACUUUCCCCAGAAGGAAAACAUGAAUGACGAUCAAGGGAGAGGCAGGACUAGAGGACGUUGUUAAGGAUGAUAUUCAUGUGUCUUUGCUCUCUCUGCCUUAUGCCUCAGUGUGGUCAAGAAACUUUUGUACUGGCGAAUGGUGGUAUACAGUGUGGGGUAGUGUCAUAACCAAUUUGACAAUUUAUUAAUCACAAAAUAACAAUAAAUCUCUAGCUUUUA